AUGGCACAGCCUAUUCGACUCAAGAAGCCAUCAGCUUCCACUUCGACAUUUGGCGCCGCCGCUUCUUCAAGCAUCCAUACCACUUCCUCACUUGCCCUCCCUACCAAUGCCUCCGAGGAUCACACUCAGAACGUCGUCGUCCUCGGCGGCUCUUAUGGUGGUAUACACGCUGCUACCGUCCUCGCACAGAAGCUGCCUCCCACCCACCGGGUCAUCCUCAUCGAGCGAAACUCGCACUUCAACCAUCUCUACGUCUUCCCACGUUUCUCAGUCUUGCCUGGCCACGAGCACAAAGCUUUUAUCCCAUACUCGAGCAUCUUCAAGGAUGCCCCUGCAAGACCAAAGUCGCAUUUGAAGCGUGGCCGCUCCAGCACAUCUCACCCAACUUCAUCAAGUCGAUCUACAUCAUCAGCUAACAAGUCGGCAGCCACCACUAUCUCACGAAACGCACUUGAGAUGGGUUCCACUUCGUCAGCUUCAGACGCCAAGGCUGAUCCAUCAUCCUGUAGAGCCGCUGGUUCAGCCUCUUCGUCCAGUUCCAUGCCUGAUGUUUCCGAGCACUCUCAAGUCAAUGGUGCCGUCUCGCCCGCAUCGCUCAGUGGCAACGACGACGACGACGUCAACCCGUUCCGAUCCGAGUCUCCAGCAUCAUCUCGUGGCCGAUCACAGGACAGCAGACACUCAUCUCAGUUAUCGUUUGCAGACUCCGACUUUAACAACUCAGCGUACGAGGUUGCUAGCACCGCCGCUUCCUCUUAUGUCGAGACCGAUGCCAAGAUAGCCGGUCCCAAGGGUGUCGAGUCUGAGCUUGCGAACAACGCCGCCAAAGCUCGGCAGGAAGAGCAGCUCGGCAGACCCGAGAUUCAGGUUACCGAGCUUGCCGAUGCGAUCGAGCACCGUCUUGACCUCGAUGGCGGUGAAGAUGCCGAAAGCGAUGACGAGAUUGCGCAAGGAUUCGAAAACUCUUCUCCACAUAUCGUGCUGCAGGCCACGGUCACUGACAUUUCGCCGACGCAUGUCACAGUGACACCCACCUCAACUUCAUCUUCGCAUCAUCUCUCGCAGUUCUCCAAGAAGAAGUCGCUCUGGUCCAUCGACAGUGUUCAGAUCCCUUAUUCACACCUCGUCUACGCUCUUGGUAGUCAUUUGCCCGACCCUCUCCGCACUGAAGCACGCUUCAAGGCCGAUGGUACUCACUGGAUGCGCGAGAUUCAGGAACGCGUCAAGGCGUCUAACGAGAUCGUCCUUGUCGGUGGUGGUGCGCUCGGUGUCCAGUUCGCCACGGACAUUGCUUCCGUUCACCCAGGCAAGAAGGUGACCUUGAUCCACUCGAGGAAGCAGCUGUUACCUAACUUUGAUGAGCGUGUCCACGAGAUCGCUUACCACAGGUUGAAGCAGCUCGGCGUCAACGUAGUGCUUGGUGAGCGAUUGGCGCUGACGGAAGGGUGCCCGCGAGGAUCUACCGUUCAGAAUUCUGCUGCCAAUGCAGAUGGAGCAAAUGGUAUGCCAGCAGCGGCAAAGGCAGCCACUGCAGAGAUCUGCGUCCCCGGCGAUGCUAAGGGUGAAGGGCUCCAGGCGCAUCAGGAGGGCAUGUGUGUAGGCAACGGACGCAAGCUCGUUCGCACAACCGGUGGCAAGUCUUUUGAAUGUGACCUGUUGCUACUCUGCACUGGUCAGCAGCCCAAUUCGUCGCUCAUGGCCAAGCUCAGCCCCAGCUCUGUCGAUCCAGGCAGUCGCCUUGUUCGUGUGCACCGAUCGCUACAGGUCGCAGUCCCCGACCCAAGAGAUGCAGCACAGCAGCCUUUCGACGCAAAGCCACCUUGUGGCGACUGUGACUGCUUCUUGGACAAGAAAGCAAACGGAGCAGAGCUCAAGAACGAAGAAGAGGGCCACCUUGCAGAUCAUCUUGGCCACACUCCAGGCAAGCUUCCCAACGUCUAUGCGAUCGGUGAUGUUGCCGAUGCAUUCGGCGCCCUCAAUGCAGGCUAUCAAGCUUGGAACAUGGCCGACAUUGCCACAGAGAACAUCCUCCGUGACAUUCAGGCAAAGACCCCUACUCUCUCGCCUUCUGACGCACCUCGCUCACCACGCUCGCCAGACAUGGUAGAGUUCAAGCCAGCAGUCAACAUGUUGAAAUUGAGUUUAGGGUUGGGCAAGAUGGUCUUCCAAGGUGCUAUCAUGCCAGAAGACACCCCUGCUGAUCAGGUCAAGCCUGAGGAGACGGGCAGCUUGGAUGGCAAGGGCGGUAAGGAUCUGAUCAUGAACGGUCGUGUUCCCGCUAAGCCAGAGAUCACAAUUAAGGACGAUCCAAACGAUUUGGGUGUCGAGGGCGUUUGGUCGUUUAUGGCUAACGCCGAUACAAGUGAUAUGUACAAGUAG